AUGGCAUCAACCACAAAGACCAAACUGCCCGUGGCAGUUGACAAGCCCACCCCUUACACCUUCGACCUAGGCCUCCUCCUCGCCUCGGACCCCAACCCGCCCGAGCUCGACCCCUCCGACCUCGAGACCACCCUCGCGGCCGUCGCCCGCGACGGCGCCCAGGCCCUCGUCAACCAGCUCCUGACCACCUGCCCGCUGACCUCGACCAAGACAGACGGCGUGCUCCUCUCCCUCCCGCCGGCCUCCACCCCGCUGCCGCGCGAGAAGCCCCUCCCGACGCCGAAGCCACCCACCAAGUGGGAGCAGUUCGCCAAGCGCAAGGGCAUCGCCCCCAAGACCCGGGAGCAGCGCAAGAACCUGGCCUGGAACGAGGACCGCGGCGAGUGGGAGAAGAAGUGGGGGUGGAAGGGCGACCAGCGCGCGCGGGACCGCGCCGACGGCAAGGUCCCCCAGGACUGGGUCGUCGAGGUGAAUGCCAACAAGGAGGCUGCGCUCAAGGACGGAGAGACCAUCCGGGGCGAGGGCAGGAGGGAGAGGAAGGAGCGGGCGCGGAGGAACGAGAGGAAGAUGAGGAGCAAUGCCCGGAAGGAGGGCAAGUGA